AUGGCCGACGGCAAAACCUCGCUCGGCGAGCUUCAGCUCGCGACAGACUUCCUCAUCAAGCCGGAGCCGACGAAGCGCGACAUAAUGGACACGAGCGAGUGGCCCUUGCUGCUGAAAAACUACGACAAGCUGAACGUGCGCACGGGGCACUACACGCCGAUUCCCAUGGGGCACACGCCGCUCAAGCGCCCGAUUUCGGAUUACGUGCGAUACGGAGUGAUCAAUCUGGACAAGCCUGUAAACCCGAGCUCGCACGAGGUGGUUGCGUGGAUCAAGCGCAUUCUGCGCGUCGACAAGACGGGCCACAGCGGCACGCUGGAUCCCAAGGUGUCCGGCAGUCUGAUCGUCUGCGUGGAUCGCGCGACGCGCCUCGUCAAGGCGCAGCAGGGAGCGGGAAAGGAGUACGUGUGCAUCGCGCGCCUCCACAGCGCCGUCGACAGCGAGGCGACGGUCUUACGCGCGUUAGAAAAGCUCACGGGCGCGCUCUUCCAGCGCCCGCCGCUCAUCUCCGCCGUUAAGCGCCAGCUGCGCAUCCGCACGAUCUACGAGAUCAAGCUUCUCGACUACGACGCGGCGCGGAACCUCGUGGUGUUCUGGUGUUCCGUCGAAGCCGGCACGUACGUGCGAACGCUCUGCGUGCAUCUCGGCCUGAUGCUCGGCGUCGGCGCGCACAUGCAGGAGCUGCGGCGAGUGCGGUCCGGCAUUCUGGGCGAACAGAACAACAUGGUAACCAUGCACGACGUGCUGGACGCGCAGUACUGUUACGACAAGUACGGCGACGAGACGUACCUGCGGCGCGUGAUCAUGCCGCUGGAGGUGCUGCUGACGUCGUUCAAGCGGCUCGUGGUGAAGGACAGCGCCAUCAACGCGCUGUGCUAUGGCGCGAAGCUCAUGCUGCCGGGGCUGCUGCGAUAUGAAAACGCCAUUGAGGUCGGUGAGGAGGUGGUGCUGAUGACAACCAAGGGCGAGGCGAUCGCCAUCGCCAUCGCACAGAUGACGACAGCAGGCAUGGCGUCAUGUGAUCACGGCGUGGUUGCCAAGGUGAAGCGAGUGGUGAUGGAGCGAGACACGUACCCGCGCAAGUGGGGCCUGGGGCCGGUUUCGCAGCAGAAGAAGAAGCUUAUUGCGGGCGGCUUUCUGGAUAAACACGGGAAGCCGAAUGAGAAGACCCCGGCCGAGUGGCUUCGGUCGAUUCCGGAUUAUGUGGCGGCGGCUGCGGCGGUGAAUGGGGAGGGCGCGGAGGGAGAGGAGAGGGCUGCGGAUGGUGCUGCUGGGGAUGUUAUGAUGGACGAGGCGAAGGGAGAUGGGGAGGAGAGCACUCCGAAGAAGAAGAAGGAGAAGAAGGAAAAGAAGGAAGGGGAUGAGAGCACUCCGAAGAAGAAGAAAGUGAAGGAUGGGGAAGGUGCGGCUGCUGAGGGUUCAGAGUCAGCCAAGAAGAAGAAAAAGAAGAAAGAGGAAGCGGAUGGGGCAGCUGGAGAGGGAGUUUCAGCGUCAGCUGAGAAGAAGAAAAAGAAGAAAAAGGAGAAAAAGGAGGAUAGUGACAUUCGCGCGCUCCCCCGCUCGACUCGUUCCCCCCCGUGCCGCCUGGCCUCCCAUUCGCGGCUGAAGCCCGCGUGCGUGAGGGCGACGAAUGGCGCAACCGACGAUCAGCAGACGCCUGCGCCGCCGGCGGAGGACGAGGCGGGAAAUAGGCGCGUGGAGCGCGCGGAGAGCGGAGCGCGGAAAGUGACGCGCCGAGAGGCGAUGGCGGCGACGCUUUUAGCGCUGGGCGUGGCGGCGAGCGGCGCGGAUUCCUCACUGGCGGACGCAGUGAUGCGCGCAGUGCCGUUCCCCGUGGCGCGCGGAUGGAACCAAGGGCGAUUGGGCCGCGCUACUGCCGCGGAGGCGAAGGGUGCAGGGAACAUGGACGAAGCGAGGGUAAAGACGAUGGAGGAAAUCGACGAUGAGGAGGAAGAGGAGAGGCUGGAGAAGAUCAGAAUGAACGAGGAGAAGAGGAAGGAGAGGAUCGCAGUUCGGGAGGAGAAGAGGAGACUGAAGAUCAAAGAGAAGGAGGAGAAGAGGAGGAACAAGAUUGAGGAGAGGGAGAAGAGGAGGGCAUUCAAGAUACGGACGAAGGAGGAGAGGAGGAGAUCGAGGAUAGCAGAGAAGGAGGAGAAGAGGCGGAAGAAGAGGGAACUGGAGAAGGAGAAGCGGCAGAAGAAAGAGCAAGCUAGGCUGGAGAGAGAGCAGAAGAAUGAGCAAGAUAGGCUGGAGAGAGAGCAGAAGAAUGAGCAAGAUAGGCUGGAAAGAGAGCAGAAGAAAGAGCAAGCUAGGCUGGAGAAAGAGCAGAAGAAAGAGGCGGCUGCAAAAGCUGCGCCUUGA